UAAACAGUGUGACACCCAGCGGAAGUAAACAACACAAGCGCCCCGUAGCGUUAGCUGAAUGCUCGUGUUGAGUGAGCUGGAUAAGACCGUAUUGUAGUCGUGGUGCAGCUAAUUCUUUCGGCUGUAAUUAAGCAGCAAUGUCUUCAGUUGGGUAUUUGAGAGAGUUUGUCAACGAGCGGCUAACUGCUGCUGCUGAAGAAAUAUUCCGAGUUUUUGAAAAGACUAUCGCCGAGUACGAGGAGGAGAUCCAUCGUCAGCGCAGACUGUUGGAUAUCGUUUGGAAACCCGACAUAAGGUUACACAGGAUAGACGUCCAGCACCUGUUGGUUGUUAAAGAAGAAUUUCCCCUUGAGCAGCAGGAGUGGAGCUCCAGUGUGGACCAGGAUCAGCCAGAGCCCCCACAUAUUAGAGAGAAACUAUGGACCACUCAGGAGGGAGAGCAGCUUCAAGAGCUGGAGGAGGCUGACCAGCUGAUCACCAAUUUCCCAUUUACUCUUGUCCCUGCAAAGAAGGAAGAUAAUGUAGAGAAACCUCAGUUCUUACAGCUUCAUCAAGGACAAACUGAACAAAUUAAAACAGAAGCUGAUGGAGAGGACUGUGGAGGACCAGAACAAGCCAUGAACUCAGAUCAACAUUUACACCCAGAUACUGAUGACAAGUCUGGAGACUCUUCCGAAUCUAAGAAUAAUGGCAGUGAUUCUUGGAAAGAGAGCAAUGGAUGUCUGUCAAGUUUAAACUCUCUGAAACAUAAAGUUUCUCAGAGUGAUGAAGCAUCAAACAACAAUCACCUGACGGUCCACAGAAGUCAUACAGGAGAGGAACAUUUUACAGAAGGAGGCAGUCUGAGCCAACACACAAUGGUUCAUACAGGGCUACACAUGGGGGUAAAUCAGCAGGACCCGGAGCCACCACACAUUAAAGAGGAACAGGAGGAACUCCGGAUCAGUCAGGACAGAGAGCAGCUUCAAGGGCGGGAGGGGGCUGAUAUCACCAAGUUCCCAAUAACUCUUGUCUCUGUGAAGAGUGAAGAUGAUGAAGCGAGACCUCCGUUCUCACAGAUUAAUCAAAGACAAACUGAACAGAUGAAAACAGAAGCUGACGGGGAGGACUGUGAAGGACCAGAACCAGCCAUGAACUCAGAUCCAGAUACACAUUUACAACCAGAUAAUGAUGACGAGACUGGAGACUCUUCUGAACCUGAGACUGAUAACAAUGCUGAUUGGAAGGAGACCAAAGAACCUCAGUCAGGUUUAAACUCUAUGAAAAAUAAUGAAGUCCCUAUCAGUGAUUCGAGAUUUAGUGCUGGUGAGAAUCCAUUUAGCUGCUCUGAGUGUGGGAAAAGAUUUGGCCGCAAGACAAGUCUGAAGAGACAUAUGAUAACUCAUACAGGAGAGAAACCAUUUAGCUGCUCAGUCUGUAAUAAAGCUUUUACGGACAGUAGACAUUUAAAGAGUCACAUGAGAAGUCACACAGGAGAGAAACCAUUUAGCUGCUCAGUCUGUAACAGAGCUUUUACAGUGAGUGGAAGCUUAAAGGCACACAUGAGAAUCCACACAGGAGAAAAAACAUUUAGCUGCUCAGUCUGUAAGAAAGCUUUUAAACAGAAAGGGGGUUUACAUAGACACAUGAUAACCCACACAGGAGAGAAACUAUUAAGCAGUGUGGAGUGAAGCUCCAGUCUACAAGGAGAGCAGAGAACCUCCGUCAGGGUUAAACCCUCUGAAAAUGAAUGAAUUAUCUAAAGGUGAUAUGAGCUGUAAUAAUCUGUGGCUCCUUAAAAAGACAUAAAAGCCUAAAAUCCCAUAAUUUUAAAUGUAAGCUUUAAAACAUCUGUCAUUACAGGCUUAUAAAUUGAUUUGAUUAUAAAGGUAAUGUUACUGUUGAGCUCUUUGAUACUCCAAAGAUUAACUUGUCAGUUGUUGCAACUUAAUGUGGACUUGGAAAUGAAACAAAAAAAUCAGUGUAACCCCAGCCCUCUGCAAAAUGGCAGCUGAUUUGUAGUCACAAGGAUCAGCCACACAACUCAGUCUCCCAGCAUACAGUCUGUGUUUUUGUUCCGGUGCUGCCUGCUGUUAUAUAGAGUAUGCCAGUUUGAAGAGAUGGGUUUAGACAGGAUUUGAAUGUGGGGAGAAAGACAGUGGAUUGGCGACCAGAUUAAAUUAAGAUAACAAACUGACAAUGAGGCACUGCUGGGAUUUGAACCCAGGAUCUCCUGUUUAUGAGACCGGCUCUUCAACCACUAAGCUACAGCGCCUCCUCCAGCUUGACAAGAAUACAGUGAGUGAACAGGGAUGUGGACAAUAGAUGUUAUAAAAAACACACUGCUUUGCAAAUGUUUUUUCAGAAGGGAAAUGGAUUGAACACAUUUGUUAAUGCUUUUAAACGAUUUUAGUGAGAAACCCUGAAUGCAAACAUAUCUUUUGUUAGUUAAAGGGGCGCUAUGCAGUUUUGGCCAUUUCUUCUCUGUUUUCUCACUUUUUGCUCGCAGCUUUCUCUACAGAACUCCCCUUACAGCUUCAGAAUAGAUAUUUGGCAGCCCCUAUGUUUACUUGUGUCUGACUCCUCGCUCGGUCAGUCUGCUGUUUACUCUUUCUCUGUUCCUCCGACAGUGCUUUCCUAGCUUUCUGCUUCUUUUCUGCCGGCUCAGCCAUGAUGAUAGUGUGAAAAACUCCAUCGCUACCUUGUUAGCCGGUUCCUGAAUAGGUGUAAGUGUGCAGAUCGAGCCGCAGGCUCCAGCUACUUUCAAUAUGUGAAAACCUAUGGUUAUCCUUGUAUUACAUUACACUGUAGGGCCAUGUAGCUAAUAAGUAGCCUGUAACAAAUAUAAAAUCAGAAAGAUUUAUCACAUGCACACACCAGUUCUGUUUAGACUACUUAAUCCUAUUGUAUUUGUUAUUUCCCCAGUUGUAACCUGGUUUCAUUUGUGCAGCCUUAUUGAUGUGAUAUGUGAGAGUAAGUGGAUUUUAUAGGACUGCUUAGCUAAUCAAAUAAAAAUGAUGGAUCUCCUAA